CUAAACUCUAAAUCCUUCAAAUUAAAGUAAAUCUUUUAUGAUUUUUGUGCAAAUUCAUGUGUGUUAUUGUUUAUCACAUCAUAAGUGAUGAUUGACAUCAUUUUGACACUAGCUUAUAACCCGGCCCGUUGGCCGGAAUAUUCAUAUUUGAUUAUUUAUAUUUUUAUGUUACGUUUAAAUCUAUCAACCCGUUUAAUUUUAUUGACAAUCCUUCGAUCGAGAUGAUACAUAUAUAAAGAAUAUAUAGAUCGAAAAUUUGAAGAAAUAUAAAAAUGUAUCAUUGAUCUCAUUUUCAUGAUGAUAAUUAAGUUCCCGGUAAAAUGAAAUUGGUUAGUUGAUAAUAAAGAAAUAUAGCGUAUAAAAGCUCACUGAAAUUCCCUCACGAACCAUAGAUAGUUUGAAACUAAAUCUUAAACCUCACAAUCCUACAUAAAGGUUCAAUGCUUUCAUUUUAAGAAUAAUAUUCCACUUAUAAAAAAAGAAAUAGAGAGUUGUUGAUUCAAGUAAAUUAUAUGCUAACAACUCACCUAAGAGGGAACCAUCACAACUUGAGAGCAAACGUCAAAUUAGGGCUUUAUCAAAGUAAUAAGGAACAAAAUUAGACACUCCUUCUCUAUCAGUUCCAGUAGGUUGAAUAAAGAAUCGACCGACCUACUUCAGUAAAUCAAUCGAUGAUUCUUCGUUUUAAUAUAUAAUUAGGUCACCAUAGCUUUAAAAACCAUAAACCUAAAGAUCCAAUAGCCACCACUCUCCGUUGUACAAUAAAUUUUUGUCCACUAUAUCUUCAAUCUCAAGGCGUAUGUUUCAACUAAAAAUUUAAUUUUUAAUCCUCCUUCGGCACCUCCAUUUAUUGAACUCCAUUCUAUUCGCCAUUGAUUGAUAUCGGAAUUGAAAUCUUUUACUUGCCCAGUUUAAAUCCCCAAGAAUAAAAUCGUAGUGCCAAGAGAGCGGAAAAUUGAUUUUCAAAGGCGGCCUUGUACUGUGAAGUGAAGGGGAGCAAACUAUUGCACCGUGGACGGAAUUUCAGAAGUCGUUAGAAAGAGAUAAAAACAAAUAUAAAAAGUACAAAUUGAAAAAUAAAUUGAAAAUGCAAUGAUACAACACGUAGUAAUAGAAUUAGUUUCUUCCAUGUUGGCCAAUUACCCAUUUACAUUUAGUGACAAUUAAGGAGAGAGCAGUAAUUAUCGAAUUAGAAACUACAUAAAACUCUGCUAUGAAAAUUGAUGUAUCAAUCACCAUAAAAAUACAGGUAGACUUAGUGAGUUUGCUAAUCAUGAUAAAAAAGUCCUAUGAUUUUCAGAGUGUCAUCUCGUGUAUGUUUUGUGUCAAAAAGAUACAAAAAAAAUGGUUUAGUCUAAUUGGUUGUGAUUGUUGUCUUUAUUUGAAGAGACCUGGGUUCAAAUCCUGAUAUUGACCUUUUUUAUAAGGAAUAAAUCUUUAAUUGUAAAGACAAAACUGUCCUUCCUACUUUCACUCUCGUUGCAGGAAAUUUGGAAUAGAGAAAAGUAGAUAAAACUCUACUAUAUAUGAUUGAAGAAUAAAUCGCAUGUUUAAAAUAACGGUUAUGAAGCGAGUGCACUGAAUGCACCCAAAAAAGUGAGUCCACCGAAGACGCCACCGUGUAUAUAUAUAUGGAUUAUACUUGAUAUAGUUUGACGUUCACAUGGUAAUUGACCAAUUAAUUAAUUAACAUUUGAUUGAUUGAGAGAGAUCGGGCCUGGUGCUAUAGCCUGUCCGCCAACUGUCUCCAUUAAUUUUCUUUUUACCCGAGCUACAUCAAUGAUGGUUUUCAAGUCUGCUACCGUGCAUGCAUGGCUAAAACGUCAGAGUCGCGGCCUUGACAUUGAUAGCUCUCCUGCCACUCCACGGGUGCCAGCCAUUUGUCAUGUUCGAUAGAUAUGACAAGGUGACCCAAAUUUUGCUCGGGGCACAAGACCAACCUCUCGUUGAUUAAAUUCGUUAUGACUUAUGAACUAUUUCAUUCUUAUUAACUCGAGUUAUCGAUCGAGAAAUCCGUAAAGUGGCGAAAUGCAGCGCACAUAUGCACACGCCAUGUAAACUUUAGCUUUUAUCCAAUCCAGUUUAGCAGGUCACUAUGUAUUCAUACUUGCAGUCACGAGUCCAAGUUGAUGGCUAUGCAAGUUGUACUUGUACAUAUGCUCGAUCAGAAAGUCCCAAAAACGUAUCGUCUUCUUGUGAUCCAAAUCAUUAAUGUUGUUGGAGCUUUUUGUGGUCCUUCACAAUACAUUGAGGUCACUGUAAAAAUCCCAUGGUAUAGCAGCCCUAAAUAGUAAAUAUUGUUGAAAAUUUAUGACACAGUGAAUUCGUGCCUUCGUGGUAAGCAUGGUUGUCACGCCGGCCGGCGUACCACUGGUUGAACCUGGUUCAACCUGUACCGGUCAUGACACCAUUGGUAUGACCGACAUGAUCGAUAUACGAAUCUCUAAGUAAAAUGAUCGUAUAUUAGUGAAUUUAUUUGAUAAAAGUAAUUUAUUAUUUAUUUUAUGUGUUAAAAAGUUAAAUGUUGAUGUUAUUUGUUGGAUUCAAGUACAAAUAUUUAGGUAUUGACGUUAAAUAUCGUGUUUAAAUAUGAGUAUUUGUAAAUUAUUUGUGAUAUUAACCGGUAUGAACCGAUACAAACCGAUAUGUACCACCGGUCGAACCAUUCCACUUGCUAAACCGGCACAAACCGGUUUGACAACCUUGGUGGCAACUGGUAAGUCUCUUUCAGCUAAGGUCCCGUUUAGUGGACUAUGGAAAGGUAGAGUCCGCCCGUUUCUAUUAGGCCAAAAGCCCGCUUAGGAAGCCUAUCAAAAGGCCCGUGUAACUAUUGGGUAAAAGCCCAGAGGAGCUCCACGAGUGACUAACUUAACUUGUUUAUUCCUCCUUUCCUCUUCUCCAUCUGAUCUUUGCUCACUGUCACUGGAUUCCGCUUCUCUAUGUUCAGCUAGCAUCUCGGAUCUCUGCUCGCCGGAACCCGAUUCUUUUCUCUCGAUCUCCAUGGAUUCAUCGGCAGCACUCUACAACCAGCUUAAGUCGGCGGAUCCGUUUUUCUUGCUCGCCGGCCCGAAUGUCAUCGAAUCCGAAGAGCACAUUUUCACCAUGGCCAAACACAUCAAGGCCAUCUCCACCAGAGUGGGUUUGCCUUUGGUCUUCAAGUCGAGCUUCGACAAAGCUAACAGAACAUCCUCCAAGUCGUUUCGUGGCCCUGGUUUGAUCGAGGGAUUGAAGAUACUUGAGAAGGUCAAAUUAGCUUACGACAUUCCAAUCGUCACCGACGUGCAUGAAAGCAUUCAGUGCGAGGAAGUUGGUAAAGUCGCAGAUAUCAUACAGAUUCCUGCAUUUCUAUGUCGUCAGACAGACCUUCUAGUUGCAGCUGCAAAGACAGGGAAAAUAAUAAACAUAAAGAAAGGCCAGUUCUGUGCUCCUAGUGUCAUGGAGAACUCGGCUGAGAAGGUUAGACUGGCAGGAAACCCGAAUGUGAUGGUUUGCGAGAGAGGAACCAUGUUUGGAUAUAAUGACUUGAUUGUUGAUCCACGCAAUUUUGAGUGGAUGAGAGAUGCUAACUGCCCUGUUGUUGCUGAUAUCACACAUUCACUACAACAGCCUGCUGGUAAAAAGUUGGAUGGUGGAGGAGUUGCUAGUGGAGGCCUACGUGAACUUAUACCAUGCAUAGCUAGGACAGCAGUCGCUGUUGGGGUGGAUGGAAUCUUCAUGGAGGUGCAUGAUGAUCCAAGGAAUGCACCGGUUGAUGGUCCGACGCAGUGGCCCCUGCGGCACUUGGAGGAACUGCUGGAGGAGCUUGUGGCAAUAGCUAGGGUAAGCAAAGGGAAGAAACAUAUGGAGAUUGAUCUCACCCCAUAUCGGGAGUAGAGAGCAGCUUGCUUGCUUGUUGGCUCCAGUCCAGUAAGUACUUUGACUCAUUUCUAUCACCACUGUUCAUUCAUUCAUUUUUGUGUGCUGAUGGUCGUGCCUUUUUGGAAGUGACAACUCUGAUGAAAUGGCUGUUCGUUUUCUUCCCGGUCGUAGGGUGAUUGGUUAGAACUUCCACCGGAAUGUGGUGCAAGGAAGUUGAAUGUUUACACAUUGUGUUGAGCAUCUCUGUGGAAUUGGUGCUUAUUGAGAUAAAUUAUCUGGGUUUGAAGUGGAGCGUGGAAAGAGAAUGGUUUGAUUGUUGUAAUGCAAGAAACGAUGUACUGUAAUCUUCCCUUUAGUGUAAUCUUCUCGAUGCAAGUCUUCUGGAUUCAAAUUGUCUGUCUGUGCAAGGGAAGAGGUCUUUGGUUGGACUGUUUCACUGUAACACCUUAGACUCGGGUUAAAUGGACCUCGAACCUCACACGAACUCAUGUAUUUUCAAGGUGAAAUUUGUCGAAUUUUCAUGAAUUGAAUUUUUGCGGCAAAGCAUUGUUACUGUGUUAAUGAGACUAAAAAAUAAAAUUUCUUUUGACACAUUCGUUAGCAAAUCCAAACUUAGGAUGCUGAAGCAUCUUUCUACCAAAAAAAAAUGAAGGCUGAACAAAGUAAAGGAGAUAGGAAAAACAAACAAGAAUGUUAAGAAAUGAAGCCCAUUGGG